CUGGUCGGUCAGUGUCUGUUCAGAACAGCAGAACGUUUCAGCUCAUAUUUGAACGUCUGCCAGUUGUUCAGUGGAACAGGACAGUAACACAUACAAAGCACACAAUGGUGUGAGAAGAGGCUGCAGAUUAUUUGCAAGGAAAAUCACACAGGAGGUGGAUCAGUGGUUUAUGUGACAGUAACAUGUGACGAGUGGGUCAGUGCAGAAAACCCCUUCAUCAGGUACAGACACACAAAGGAGCUCCGGAGGUUACGGACUGUUUCUGCUUUCUCCUUCUGCUCACGGUGAUGGAUACGAAGCUCCUCUUGGUGUUUGUGAAGCUCCUUCUGCUCUUCGGGCUCAAAGCUCACACAGACGGAGAUCAAACAUUCAUACAAUACAUUGAAAAUACAUUAUACAUUGGCAUAAACUGUACUUGUGUUCAUCCUUCAGGCUACAAUAUCAAAAUUACUGUCCAGGAUAAUGAGACAGCAGUGAUCUGUCAGAAAGAACUUCAUGACCACAGAGUCCAGAUAAUUCUUCCUCAAACAAACUUCUCUAGCAUCACUCUGGGGAACUUUUUUGACCACGACCUUGUUGUGCUCCUGGACAUACAAAGCCGGCAUUACCAAUGUGUAUCAACGACUAGAACAGGUUACUGCUGGAAAAAGGGUGACAAUUUCACCACACCAGAGAUCCCGUGCAAUGAUAUUUCAUCUGCUCCGUCUCUUUGCAAAAGUUUCACUGGGGACAGGUCACUCACCUUUGACUCCACGGGUUGUAACACAUGUCAGCCCGUAGACUUGGGAAACAGUAAUGCUCUACAAAGUACCUUGAAUAACCUCAUUACCUCCUAUAAGGACAAGCUUAUUAAUACUACGGCAGUGAACAUCACAGCAGGAAACAUCACAGGAGUGUUGAUUCAGCUUCAAAAUGCCUCAAAUAUCAACGUUGGCAUUACAAGAAGUGGUGCAACCAAAAUUCUCCAGAGCAACGCCGACACUGCAGGUUUGUUCGUGUCAGUAGAAAUCCCAGCAGAAGCCACGACAGCGGCAGAACGUCAGAACAGCAGCGUGGCUGCAGUCGUGCUGUUUCCACACAUCGAACGGCCUCGCAACAGCAGUGUCUAUUUCAACAAUACAAUGCUGGCAAUAGAGAUGGAAGCAAACAUCAGCAACCUGAUACAACCUGUGAAGGUUCAUUUCAAUGACGUGGACAAGAAGGGAGGAAACGCGUCUUGUGUUUCAUGGAACGGAGAAGCCGGCUCAAACUGGACCGGGGACGGAUGCGACCUGGUGGAGCUCAACGGCAGCAGCACAUGCGAGUGUCACCAUCUCACGUUCUUCGCUCUUCUCAUUUCGACGCCGCAGAGCAUCGGCGCCUCAGACUACACGUCUCUGAGCUACCUCACGUCGGUGGGCUGCGGCCUGUCCAUGCUGUUCCUGGCCGUGGGCCUCUUCAUGCACGGCCUCAUCAGGAGGGGGAAGGCGAGCCGCGCCGUCCGGGUGCUGAUGCAGCUCUUCGUGGCCAUGUUCCUGCUGGACCUGUGCUUCCUGGUGAACGAGAGCGUGGCGGGCCUGGGCAGCGCCGGCGCCUGCGUGGCCGCGGCCGCCGCCAUGCACUACGCCAUGCUGGCCACCGUGUCCUGGUUCCUGGUGCAGGCGCUGCACCUCUACUACAACAUGUGGCGCUCGCCCGACGCCGUCAGCCACUACCUGGUCCGACUGAGCGCGCUGGGAUGGGGGACGCCGGCCGUGGUGGUGCUGCUGAUGCUCAUCAUGCAGAAGUACGGCCUGCAGGUCCUGGACGUCGAAGGGGGCUCCGCCGCUAAGCUGUGCUGGAUCCCCGACGCCGCCGUCCAGCAGGGCGUGAACGUGGGCUACUACGCCGUGGUCUUCGUCCUCACGCUGGCCGUGUUCGUGGCCACCGUGCGGCAGCUGCUCCUCUUGCAGACGCGGGCGGAGGAGCCCCAGCGCCGCUCCAUCGGCUCCAGGGUGGCGUCGGUGCUGGGCCUGCUGCUGCUGCUGGGCGUCACCUGGGCCGUGGCCUUCUUCAGCUACGGCCCUCUGCUCGUGCCCUCCUACUACAUCUUCACCAUCCUCAACUCCUUUCAAGGGUUCUUCCUCUUCAUCUAUUAUUACAGGAGCAGCAGGAUUAUUGUGGACGACAGGCGCUUGAAAGAGAAGAGCGGCUCCACGUGUUCGUCCCAAACAGCCGUGACUCCUCAUAUUUAAGGCGUUGAGACGUCUGCUUCCUGCGUUUACACCAUUCAAACACAAGAGGGCAGCAUUUCGUCACACGUCAAGUAGAGCCUCCGUUGAACCAGGAGCUGCGUUUCUUCUAAGAAGUUGCUCAUUGUUUCUGACUUUCCUCCACAUGAAAUGACUCAUGCUCCUGAAGUUGUUCAUUUUUAUUUCUUCCAAAACCCGAGUCGAGAACCAGGAGGAGCAGGAUGGAGGUCAAGGUCCUGUCAGCAGAGCGUCUCUGGCCUCUGGUCGGAUGUUGGUCAUCUCCAUCUGCGUUCAUCUCAGCCUCAUGUCAUCUCCACUGUCAGCGCUGUGUUUCUGCAGCUUAUUACUGAGCGAAGGAGGAAUGAGCUCAUUGAUGCCUGAGGUCACGAGGGCACGAAGCCCCCAUGAGUUAGUGUUAGGGUCUGUCUGUCUGUCUGUCUGUCUGUCUGUCUGUCUGUCUGUCUGUCUGUCUGUCUGUCUGUCUGUCUGUAUGCAGGUGUUUCUAGGCUUCAGUGUGUGAGUAGCUGCUAUCACAUCCAAACCUGUAGUUAGAGGCGGUUUAACACUUCCUGUCCUUCAUUUCAUGUGAGGUUUCAUCUAAUAAACGUCUUGAUGUGCCGUUGCUGCUGCUUCCUUUUCUCUGCAGACCUGUUUGUCUGAACAGCGUCAUCGCUGCCUCGCUACCUGUGUGACGUCACACGAAUCCAAGCGGUGCCGAUGGAGGUGGAGGGUUCCGCUGACACCACGCGAGCUUCCCACGCAGAGAUAAUGGUUGGGAAUGAGGUUUCCCGCUUUGCUCAGAGCGUAAAUCCCAGCGUCGGCUGUUCGUGCGGAGCUCCUCGGGAACGGCAUCAAUCUAGAUGAUUUCAAAAUGAGAAGGAUGAAGAAUGUCCAAUUUUCACGCCAUCCCAUAAAACUGUCUGUGAAAAUGUGGCCGCUCCAAUAAAAUCUGAACAUGUGUAGAUGUUUCCUUUAGUCAAGGGAAACUGAGAAAGCACUUUUAAUUGCUCGCGGCCCUGAAACACAUGUACAUUAGUGGCUUGGACACACACGUUGGCCCGCGACGCCUCAUUUUUCUGAAAACACUGUGACGCUGAGACCAGCGCCGUUACAUCAGCUGUUACAUCAGCCGAGCAAAUAAACAGGCCCUGGAUCAGCGCACGGCUGCUGCCGAUGGGGAUCGUUAGGCCCCAACAGGACGUUAAUAACAAUAAGGGCGACGUUAAUAAUCACAGCUUUGGUUCUGGAGCCUUCAGGAGGAAUGAUCAAAUAUACCUUCUCAAUGAAGUGCAGCUCAAGCUUUAUUCUGCUCACCCGCGUUGUGGGUUGAGUUGCACUUCUUCACAGUCUCCGCUCUCCUGUUUCAUGAAUCCUCAGCGUGA